AUGACCAAGUCUCUCGCCCUCUUGAUCUGCGAUACGCCCACAUCAGCAGUGCUCUCGUCUCAUGGGGACUAUCAUAGAAUCUUUUCCGCUCUUCUUGCUUCAUCUCUGCCCGACACGAGCGUCGAAUUCACAUUAGAUCCCUACGAUGUUGCUAAGAAGCAAGAAUACCCAUUAGAGGAUAAAGAAUAUGAUGCCUUCAUGAUAACUGGUUCAGCGGCGUCGGCCUACGAGAAUCUUGAAUGGAUCAACAAAUUGAUUGCAUUCGUCGCCUCGAUCCCGGACAAGUAUCCCAAAGCAAAGAUCUUUGGGAUAUGUUUUGGGCACCAGAUUGUGGGACGAGCAUUCGGCGGGGAGUGCGUGCCAAACGGCGGACGCUGGGAAGUCGGUAUCACAGAAGUAGACCUCACAGAUUCUGGGAGAGACAUCUUUGGUGUGCAGAAACUAAAUAUCCACCAAAUGCACAGGGAUCACGUACCCGCCGUUCCGCCUGGCUUCACGCUUCUUGGGUCUACGCAGGUGACUUACAACCAGGGGAUGGUACAGUACGCUUCGGACGAAGGAAGCCAUGGUUUGACCGACAUACGCAUAAUCACCGUGCAAGGGCACCCCGAGUUCACCAAGCCCAUCGUCAAUGCAAUCGUCGAAGCACGUUCGAAGAACGGUGUCAUCGGAGAAUCGGUGGUGGAAGAUUAUAGAAAGAGGGAAGAUUGGCGCAACGACGGUGUCAGUGUGAUUGGGCAGGCGUUCUGGAAGAUAUUAGGUGUCGAUUCCGGAUAG